AGCAAGGGAGUGAGUGGGCUGAGCUGAGCCAAACUGAGCGGAGCCCAGGCAAUCAAUCGCAACAUUUCCUUUCUACCAGGCGCGCUGUAAGGUUGGGGAAGCUGCCGCAGAGCCUGCCUCCGGCCCUUCAGCCUUACAACCCACCAGUCCAGCUCUUUCUCUUGCUCUAUUUUCCCAGACUCGCCAUGCUAAUCCCUGGCCGAGAGCUUCAGUGCUGUCCAGCGUUUCCCAGCAUGCGCCCCCGCUGAGGCGACCGCUCCCCGCGCCCUUGAGCGCCAAGGGCCCCCUACCCUACUCCCCCUUUCCCUUACCCUUCCCUUCCCUACCCACCCUUGCGGGCCUUGCGAGCCCAGUCUCCCGGUGAGUUGGGGCGCAGCCCCGGGGGACCAGGAUGGUGCAGAAAUCUCGCAAUGGGGGAGUCUAUCCGGGGCCCAGCGGAGAGAAGAAACUCAAGGUGGGCUUCGUUGGGCUGGACCCCGGGGCCCCCGACUCCACCCGGGACGGGGCGCUGCUUAUCGCUGGCUCGGAGAGCAGUAAACGCGGCAGCAUUCUCAGCAAGCCCCGCUCGGGCGGCGCCGGCACUGGUAAACCCCCGAAGCGCAAUGCCUUUUACCGCAAGCUGCAGAAUUUCCUCUACAACGUGCUGGAGAGACCCCGCGGAUGGGCCUUCAUCUAUCAUGCCUAUGUAUUCUUGCUGGUUUUCUCCUGCCUGGUGCUGUCAGUCUUCUCCACCAUCAAGGAGUAUGAGAAGAGCUCAGAAGGUGCCCUGUACAUCCUGGAAAUCGUCACCAUCGUGGUUUUUGGGGUGGAAUACUUUGUGAGGAUCUGGGCUGCUGGCUGCUGCUGUCGCUACCGGGGCUGGAGGGGAAGACUGAAGUUUGCUCGAAAACCCUUCUGUGUCAUUGAUAUCAUGGUGCUGAUAGCCUCGAUUGCUGUGUUGGCUGCGGGAUCCCAGGGCAAUGUAUUCGCCACUUCAGCCCUUCGGAGUUUGAGAUUCUUACAGAUUUUGAGGAUGAUUCGAAUGGAUCGGAGAGGAGGCACCUGGAAACUCCUUGGUUCGGUGGUGUAUGCCCAUAGCAAGGAGCUGGUCACUGCCUGGUAUAUUGGUUUCCUUUGUCUCAUUCUGGCCUCCUUCUUGGUGUACCUGGCAGAGAAAGGCGAGAAUGAUCACUUUGACACCUAUGCAGACGCACUUUGGUGGGGCCUGAUUACUUUGACUACGAUCGGGUAUGGUGAUAAGUAUCCCCAGACCUGGAAUGGACGGCUGUUGGCUGCUACUUUCACCCUCAUUGGAGUCUCGUUCUUUGCUCUCCCUGCCGGAAUUUUAGGUUCAGGGUUUGCUCUGAAGGUCCAGGAACAGCAUCGCCAGAAGCACUUUGAGAAGAGACGAAAUCCUGCAGCUGGUCUGAUUCAGUCUGCUUGGAGAUUCUACGCCACCAACCUCUCUCGGACAGACCUCCAUUCAACCUGGCAAUAUUAUGAGCGCACAGUCACCGUUCCCAUGUACAGCUCGCAAACACAAACUUACGGGGCCUCCAGACUGAUUCCACCUCUCAAUCAACUGGAACUUCUUCGAAACCUCAAGAGCAAAUCUGGACUCACUUUCAGGAAAGAACCUCAGCCUGAGCCAUCACCAAGUAAAAGCAAACCGUGCAAAGAGUCUCUGUGUGGAUGCUGCUCUGGAAACUCUAGUCAGAAGGUCAGUUUGAAAGAUCGUGUCUUCUCCAGUCCCCGAGGCGUUGGUGCCAAGGGGAAAAGUUCUCCGCAGGCCCAGACUGUCCGGAGGUCCCCCAGCGCAGACCAGAGCAUCGAGGACAGCCCAAGCAAAGUGCCCAAGAGCUGGAGUUUUGGGGAUCGAAACCGAGCUCGGCAAGCAUUCCGCAUCAAAGGCGCGGCGUCCCGGCAGAACUCGGAAGAAGCAAGUCUCCCAGGAGAGGACAUUGUGGAUGACAACAAAAGCUGCAACUGUGAGUUUGUAACGGAAGACUUGACUCCAGGCCUGAAAGUCAGCAUCAGGGCAGUAUGUGUCAUGCGCUUCCUUGUUUCCAAACGGAAGUUCAAGGAGAGCCUGAGGCCCUAUGAUGUAAUGGAUGUCAUUGAACAGUACUCAGCUGGACAUCUGGAUAUGUUGUCCCGGAUUAAAAACCUUCAAUCCAGGAUAGAUAUGAUUGUGGGUCCCCCACCCCCUUCAACUCCCCGGCAUAAGAAGUACCCAACUAAAGGACCCAAAGAAUCGCCCCAAUACUCGCCUAGAGUGGACCAGAUUGUUGGACGUGGACCAGCAAUUACUGACAAGGACCGUACUAAGGGGCCAGCAGAAGGGGAGCUACCUGAAGAUCCUAGCAUGAUGGGCCGGCUUGGGAAAGUGGAGAAACAGGUUCUCUCCAUGGAGAAGAAGUUGGACUUCCUGGUCAACAUUUACAUGCAGCGGAUGGGCAUUCCUCCAACAGAAACAGAAGCCUACUUUGGUUCUAAGGAACCAGAACCUGCCCCUCCUUAUCAUAGCCCAGAGGAGAGCCGGGAGCACAUUGACAAGAACGGCUGUAUCAUCAAGAUCAUCCGCUCCACCAGCUCCAUGGGGCAAAAGAAUUUCUCUGCUCCUCCUGCACCGGCCAUGCCUUCUAACACAUGCCCUCCAUCCACUUCAUGGCAGCACCAAGCCUAUCAGCGACAGAGCCAUGGGUCUUCUCCAGUAGGAGAUAAUGGCUCUUUAGUCCGAAUCCCCCCUCCACCAUCCCAUGAGCGGUCCUUGUCUGCCUAUAGUGGGGGUAACCGGGCUAGCAUGGAGUUCCUCCGUAAUGAGGACAUGGCUGUCAAGCACCAUGAGAGUGCCUUGAGGGACAGCGACACCUCAAUCUCUAUCCCCUCAGUGGACCAUGAGGAACUGGAGCGUUCCUUCAGUGGCUUUAGCAUUUCUCAGUCCAAGGAGAACUUGGACAUGCUGAACAGUUGCUAUGCAGCUGUAGCCCCUUGUGCAAAAAUCAGACCCUACAUUGCAGAAGGGGAGUCGGACACUGAUUCUGACCUUUGCACACCCUGUGGCCCCCCACCACGGUCAGCCACUGGGGAGGGCCCCUUCAGUGACAUGGGCUGGUCAGGCCCUCGAAAAUGAGGCUUUUGCUACCCAACCAGCUGAUGGUUCAUAUUGUCCACAUGUUGAACUCUUUUCCAAGGGACUGACCACCAAGGAUUUGUGUUUCAGAAACUUGCUUAACUCUGGGACACUCUCUAGUAGCUGUGUUGAGUGCAUAGGGAGGGGAGGGAAGGGAGGGGGAUGAGGUUGGGACAGAGGCUGGCUCAGCAACGCUCUUCCUUGAAGAAGGGUCAGUGGGUAAUAUUAUCCAUAGGAGACUGGAUCAAUUUUCUCCUGUCUUUCUGGGUGCACUAUUUAAGGGAGGGGUGUGAAACUGUGUCUUGAUACAGGGUAGAUGAGUGGAGUUUCUUGGUAUCAGCCAAGCAAGGUUUUAUAAAAAGUCAUUUUGUUAUAAGGUAUUAAUUGUCCCAUGGGUAGAAGCUUAUUUAUUACCUCUGGGGUUCUCUGUGAUGACAAAGCAAAUACACAAUCCCCACUGUCUUAUACAACAAUUGUUGAUUUUUUUUAUAGAAGUGGCAGACUUUUAAGUGGACUCAAAACUUUUAGUUCAACAUUCAUCAGUGGGAGAGUGAAGAUGAUGACAGUGGGGUGUGAGGGAACUAUGGAGGUGGCUCUAUAAGUGGAUUGGUUAUAGUUUUUGGAUCUUUGCUCUGAGAAUUUCCAAAGUUGAAAAAUGUGAGCAUUUUUUUAAAAAUUGGGAGGAAAGGCCAAAUUGUGAGUCAGUGGUGAUCCAAGAGAGAUUUAAGAAUUUUUAAAUAUGCAAUUAGGAGUUACAUUUAAAACAUCUAUUACACUAAAUUGGGUAACCUUUUUAGUCUUUCUGCUUCCAAACAGUACAGGCUUUUUUAGAGUGUGACUGUAUUGGGUGGUUACUGAUUUGAAUUUUACUCUGUGGAUCUUACUCAUGCUCUAUAGAGAGUUUGGCAGCAAAAGGGAGCAUGAGGGAAAAAAUGAAGAUAAGUGGAGAGGGCAAAAUUUGAAGCCUUAUUUUUUUUAAUGUUAACUCCCCAGAGAGUUGGGUUUUUAAUGUGGUGAAUGGUGAACAGUCAAAUGACUGACUAGCUUUACCACAGUCCCUUUAUGGACAUAUUCAUGGUUGUACCUGAAAGUGUUCUUCUCUCACUGAUCCACUAAAAAUGUUUGCUUCUCUGAUCCCAUAACUCAUAUUCCCCUCAACUCUCUUCCUUUAUGAAAUGUUUCCUCUCUUCACCAUCUUAAAGCAGGAAGGAAAUCUCCCUUUCUUCUUUUCUUGAGUAUAAGUCUACCAAACUGCUAGUUGGCUUCUAUUUCCAUUUGGCUCUUUAUUCUUGAAGCAGUAUUGCUGUCAUGAAUGCUGGACCUAUAUUCAGGACCCCUGCCAUAAGCAGGAGCAUCACUUUCAUUGGGGACCAAAACAAAUCCACAAAGUGAUCCUUUUUGUCUUUUGAUAUCCACUGGACUCACUAGGGAAUAGGGAGGAGUUGGUAGAGCAGAUUUUCACAUAUAUGCUUUGAAUUGCCCUGGCCCUAAUCCUUUCAUUUAAUUGAAGUGCUCUAUCCCUGGGAUCACAGGGUCUUCUUAAAAGCUAAAAUUAUAGGUACCUUUGUGCUCUGGUCUGGACUUUACAUUCUCCAGUCAUCUUUCCAGGGGCAUGCAGAUAAGCUAUCUGCAGGUAAGAGUUAGGAGAUUUAGAUUAAAAGGCCAUUUCAGUCCUGCUGGAAAUAAAAGUCCCUAUUCCUGCAAAGCCAUAUUCAACCCUUUGGGGAAGAUUUUCUCCCCAGAGACUUGCUUCAACUAUGCUGAUUUGGCAUAGAAACAAAAAGAAAGUGGUCAAGUUUGAACUUUGGCUCUAAUGCUUAUAAUAUGACUUAGGUAUGAGUGGACAUUUCUGAAUAUGGAAACUUAGUGCUCUCUGAGGAACAUCAAAAAAACUCAUGAUGUUUAGAGCCAACUUCAUGUUUUGAUUUAUCCAGUUUAUCCAGUAGCCAUCCUUGUAAUUUAUUGGGAUAAUAUGUCUGAGCAAUGUAACUAAUUUGCAGAUAUUUGGAAAGUUUUUUCCACAUACUGCAUAGUAGGUCCCAAAGGACAGCAUCUUACUGAACUCAAGGGACAAUCUCUUUAUCAUUUGGCACAUUCUAUAAGGACAGUGGGCUGAUCUUGUCUUAUUCUGUCUCCCAUCAAUACUUAGAGAAGACUCCAUGUUAUUAGCUAGUGUGACAUGAUAAGCUCUUUAAAGGAUAGUAUGUUCUUAAUUCUCACCCUUUCUCUCCUACUGAAAUAGAGUCUCUCUGAUUCUCUCCUUUACCUACCACACAGUGAAGAAACUAUGUUGAAAAGCCAAUUCAAUGAAGCUCUUUCUAAAUUUCUUAUCUUGGAGUGGAAAACAAAACAAAAUGCAGAUGAACAGAGGGAAGAUCAGCUUUUCUUUUGUUUAUCCUCUGUAUAUAUACAUAGGAAGGAACAUAGAUUCAUCAUUUCUUCCAUUUGUUUGGUAAAGGGCUAACCAGCUCGGGAUAUUUCUUUUGUACCUGGUUCUACAAUAUGAAGUAGGAAUAUUUGGUACCUUGAUGUACCUAUGAUAUCAUUAAUGUGGGUACUCUUUCCAAUAAUACAGAUGACAGUCCCUCCUCGCCUGUUCAUCCUAUGAAAAUUUUGUCCAUGUCCCCCUAGAAACCUUUAUGGAAGGAAGAGUACCCAUUGUACUGGAGGUCUUCCUCUAAAUCUCUUAUUAACCAUGGUCUCACCAAGAGCUGGCCACUAAGCCCUUGGACUGGGCAUUAGUUCUUCCUCACUCUGUGUGACUAGCCCAUCUUCUUUGGUUUUUCCCUUCAGUUAUACAUCUCUCUGGUGAUAUCUAAGUACAGUGCCCUAUUUUAUGUUUCAUAAAUAUAAAGAUAAAAUAGAUGAAAGAGAAAGAUGAAACCUAUUUUAGAUGUUGAAAAAAUUGCCUCAAGCCAAUAAAAGCUCUCCUUAUGGAUUUUCCUCAGUUUUGGUUAAUUAAAGACCAUCCAUAGUUGUCCUAAAUGUUGUAUUUGAGAAUGUCUCUUCUGGAGUUAAUGUUAAUGCCCCAUUUAAAGAGAAACUUUUAAAGAAAUAUUAUGUAGAACUGAAUAUUUAUCACAGGUUUUAUAUUCCCCUCUGAAUUGUGUGGGAAUAUAGUUUAAAAUGAAUGUGGCUGCUGAAGGACUGUGGUGCUUCAGGGCUAUGGACUGGUUAACAUUGGGUUCACUUAUCUUGUACCUUCAAUAGUCUCUCUUGCCUUUAAGAAAGGCAAUGGAAUCUUGGGGUUACACAAAAAUAACUUAAUUCCUCCGUGGCUUAGACUAUAGGAUAGUCCUGCUUUUGACUUAUCUGUGUGCCAGUGGAACUGAUGAAAACUAGUUUCCUUUUCAGACAUUUUUCAGUAAAUAUACUAAAAUUUAGACUUCCUUCUUUCAAAAUAUCUUUGUUAAAUCAGUCUUGAGUUGAACUAGAGUGCCCAUCCUGAUGAGGUUUCAUAAUAUUAGAGUAUAUAGUGCAUGUUCAUUUUUAUUUCUAAUUUUGGCUUUUUGCUUCUGGCAUAAAAGCAUGUCCUUUGAAAGCAACUCUGAGGGAUGACUACAUUGCCCUUACUUUGGGAAGGUAUUAGGUAGAAAGGGAUAAUUGAGAAGAGUUCUAUCUGAAACAGCAAGUUUUAGCUUCUCUUGUUAGUCUGCAUGCCUCACUUGUUUCCCUACACCUUAGGGAAAUGGCCAGGGCUUGAAUAACACCCUUUCAUCCAAUGAGUUGUUCCUGUUCACUAUUUCUUUUUUGCCAAGUGGAGCUGGCCUAACUACCUCUCCCAUACCUCUAUGACUGCUCUUUUCUUGGUUCUAUGGAAUUAGAAGGUAAAUGGAGGUAUUCCGCUCUCUCUCCCUUCCCUAAUCUAUGUCCAAACAGAGCACAGCUGUAGGCCUUUUCCAUAAGCCAGAUGUGCCAGCUGAAGUUAUUCAAAUGAAAGGGAUAAUACUGGAAUGAUUUGUCCCAGGAAAUCAGUCUAAAGGGGAAUAUUUCGGGGGAGAAACUUAACCUUUGCCACCAUUAGAAACUGUGAUUUUUGAGGGUCAGGACCAAAGACUAAAUUUUAUAUCAACCUAUGAAAUGUCAUGUUCUAUUCUAUCAACUCAAGAACACUCAAGGACCAAUGGCUACAUUUGCUAAUUAAAUUUAAUUUGAGAGGAUAUCAUGCUUGUCCACUCAUGGAGCCUUUUGGAGAACCCUUGAUUUCAACAAGCAGAGGAUGGUUGCAUUCUCUUUAGCUUUAUCAUCUUUUAAGAAAAUUCUCUCUUGGAUCAAUUGUGACUUGCAUUGACAUUUUCCUACUCACAACCUUCCUUAUUAGAGCCACCAUGUGGAAGUUCUUAGUAGACUAAAUUCCUUGCCAACAGAAUCCUUAAAAUGAAGCAGGAGAUUUCCAUGCAAAUUAGUUAAAGCAAUUGGGAAGACUAUUUGUUCCCCAAACAUGACAUUUUCCUUAAUCAGCAAAAACUACCUGAGAACCAACAACUUUCUUUGGAUCAUGACAAUUGGACUGGGGACAACCUUUCACAUUGGGAGUAGAAUAGAUGCACCAGCCAGUAUAGAAUCAAUGAAAGCACUUUAGGUUAGAGUAGAUGUAGUCUCACACUGGACUUUUUUGAAUGAUAAAACUGAUUUAUUAUUUUUUUCCAAAGCCUCAUAGGAGUAGUUUGGUCUCACUGAAAUUUAUAUUUAAGACCAGAGUACAUACAUCUUAGCCCUGUGACAAUUUAGGAUUUUUUCUAUAUUGUCCUAGGUUGGGCAUUGUUUCUCUAGGAGGCUUCAAAAUAUAAUUAGUAUAUAUAUAUAUGCAUAACUAUCUACCUGGGUGUGUAUUUGUAACCAACAUUUCAUUUGCACACUCUUGCUUGCCUUAGAUUGAUUGUCUCUAGCAAGAGAGAAACACUCAGUAUUUUCAACAAUAUAAAACAAGCUCAUAUUAUAGCUCUUGGCCAGAGUAAAUCACUUGCAGCUAGUUCCUAUUCAGUGAUCCAGGGAGAAGAAAAAAGUGUAUUGUACACAUCUGAAUGAUUUUUCCAGCCUAUCUCACUUUCAAUUUUGCCUGCUUAUGCAUGCCAUUGGAGAUGAGUAGCGAUAACAGCUUUUGGCACCUAUGUUUCCUUUUUCAAAGUGCUGUAGAUUUUUAAAAUGGUAAAUGAAAACACCAAGUUUAAAUCAUGCUUCCCCUAGUCAUGCAAAGCUCUGACAAUUCAAUGACUUUUUUCCUAAUAGGUAGCAUUGAAGCAACUAAUUUCAGAUGCAUGAACACAUAAAUAUGGGUUUUAUUACAUGGAAAAAAGCUUUUUCUAGUGUGUGUUCAAUUGAAAUAAUUGCUACCUAUACUUCAAUGAAUGAAUGGGGGGAAUGAUUUUAUCUAAUUUUUAAUAAAAAUUUUAGUAAUUUUUAUCAAAUAA